CAUAAUAUCAGUGUAGUAAUAUCAAUUGACAAUUUAUUAUCUAGCAGGUCUACAGCUUACUAAUAAACUAACGCAGGUAUUGAGAUUCGUUAUUCCGUUUUAUGAUUUUUCUGUUUGCGUUCAGUGCCGUUCACUCAUUAGGUUUUAGACUUAAGAAGAAAUGUGACAAAAAUAUCAUCGAAGUAUAAGACAUAUUUGAUUGCUAGUGAAAACAGUUAAGAAAAAAGGUAAAUAUGUCAAUAGAAUUUAAAAAACGUAAAGUUCUUCAAAACCGACGUAGACGUACUGCAUCUGAUAGUGAAAAUAGUGAUGAUGAAAGUGCUGUUGUUCAAAAUGAAAAACGUCAUAGAAAAUCAAAUCCAUUUAUCCAAAGUACCUCAAACAAAAAGCUUAAAGCAGCUGAAUUAAUACAUGAUUCUUCAGAGAGUGAUAAUGAAGCUGUUGGUGUUUCAUAUCGUUCUAAAAUGGACACUGACAUGAGUGGGCCUAAAGAUAUGGGUGCUACAGCAACAAUUGAAAUUGAUACUGAACUUGACAAAGAUGCUCAAGCUAUCUAUGAACGUUCUUUACAAGUAAAUAAAGAACUUAAAGGUAAAGAAGAUGACAAAGUUUAUAGAGGUUUAGCAAAUUAUACUCAAUAUUAUGAGAAAAAAGAUACAGCUUUAGGUAAUGCAUCUAGUGGAAUGGUACGCAAAGGACCUAUAAGAGCACCAGCAAAUUUACGUUCCACUGUUCGUUGGGAUUAUCAACCUGACAUUUGUAAAGAUUACAAAGAAACUGGUUUUUGUGGUUUUGGUGACAGUUGUAAAUUCUUACAUGAUCGUUCAGACUAUAAAUUUGGGUGGCAAUUAGAAAUGGAAUCUUCUCAGCAAUGUGAUUCAGAUGAUGAUGAUCCCACAAAGUAUGAAAUCAAAGAAAAUGAUGAUGAUUUCCUGCCCUUUAAAUGUUUGAUUUGUCGAGGAUCUUAUGUCAAUCCUGUAAUGACAAAAUGUAAACAUUAUUUCUGUGAAAAAUGUGCUUUAGCUCAUUUCAAAAAGAGCACUAAAUGUUUCGUUUGUGAGAAACAAACUGGAGGAUUUUUUGAUCCAGCUACAGCUAUUAUUGAAAGACUUAAUGCUGCUAAUACAGACAUAAUACAUCAAUGUAAUUCAGAUGAAGAAUCGGAUUAAUUAUGUAAUCGGAUUAUAAUUUAAUAUUUGUAAAUUAUCUGGAGUUCAAUAUGAAAACUGUGGAUGAUCCAUGUCAAUCCUUACAAAUUGAGACAAUUGGUGUAUUCAAAUAUAUAUAUAUAUAUAUAUAUAUGUAUUAAUUUGAUAAUUUGAUGUACCAAAGUAUUAUAAUUUAAUU